UUAUUCUAUACUUUUUUAGUUAUUCUACGAUAGAAGUACGUAGGUUUACGUUGUAUUACAAUGCCUAAACGUAAAAGUGAGGAUAGCCUCGAAAAAUUGUGGAAGAAGUUCAAAAAGUUGGAGAAAAAGUUACGACGGCAUCGGAGUCGUAGCAGAUCUACAAGUCGGUCAUCGGACAGCUGUUAUCAUAGGGACAUACAAGACGUCGAUCAUGCUUGCAACGAAAAUAAUGGAGAGCACAUAUCAUCGAAUGAUUGUGAAAUAUUGGACGAAUGCGACAUACUCGAGCCAGAGACGGGUUUUAGGCGUUUGAAUUCAAAGUAUGGCACACAGUGCGCUACUGAGCCAUCCAACGAGUCCACCUCGCUCCCUUCGAUGGCUGUACCGGAAACCAUACCGCAGCGGGUCUCUGUCGUUGUAGCGGGCACGGCGGAACCGUCCACUAGUGCACAGUGUGUAGGCACUGCGCCUAUCUUCGAGGAAUCCGAACCUGUUGAAGUAGCACUAGAUGGUGCCAUUCUCGAGGUUUUAGGAGAGGACCCGACUAUAUCGGCUGCUUAUGGACCUGAAAUCCAUAAAGACUUGGCUCUCAGGCUUCAACAUGUCGCCUCAAACGGUUUAAGCAAAGAGCUCCGUAAAGAAUUGCAGGAGAAAUAUUUACUACCCAGUAACUGCAAGUUGAUCAGCGCCCCUGCUUUAAAUGCAGAAAUUAAAGCAGCCAUCUCAGAUAUGACCGCCAAACGUGACAAAAGCAUUGAGCUUCGGCAAAAACAGACAGCGACUGCUAUUUCAUGUUUAGGCCAGGCGCUUAAUAUUCUUAUUUCUAAGAAUAAUACAGAUUCAUCGCUUAUUAAGCUGCUGAUGGAUACAGAACGCAUUUUAUGCGACUCGCAGUACAAUGACUCUGUUGUAAGGAGAAAUUUUAUUUUGUCAUCUUUAAAAAAAGAGAUGAAGGAUCAACUCCAAAAUACAAAACCGGAUGAGUUACUUUUUGGUCAGAAUUUAUCUGAAACUAUAAAGACGGCUAAGGCUAUCAAUAAAUCGGGAGCCGAGUUAAAAACAUCGCUGCCUAAGCAACAAUUCCACAACAAUAACAAGAAACCAACCGCGGUUGCCAGCACGUCAAAAAGUUUAAACUGGAAGGGCCCCUACCCUGCUCGGAAGCCUCCGAAUCAUCCGAAGGCGAAGGAGGCCCCUCAGAGCAAGAGAGGGCCGUCGAACUCAUCGCGACACUCGCAGCCGCAGCCGACGCGAGGCCGCCGCUAGACACGGUAAAA